AUGGCGACGAUGGCAUCUACCUACAAGAAAGAUGGUGGUCAUUCUGGACCUCCACCGCGAAAGAAAGUGAAGACUUCAGAGUUACCACUUGCAUCUGCGACUAGAGCGGCCAUUGAAGGAUUGGCUCAUACAUACAAGAAGAAGGGUACUUAUGACGAGUUGAGAACCAAAAUUUGGCAAGAAUUGGAGAAAGGUGAUUUUGAGGAUGAAUUUACGAGUUCAUUAUUGAGUGUUGCGGAAGAGCAAUUAGAGAAGGACCCCAGACAGCUACUCCGGUUGGAUCGCAGUAAGGCUACAUUGCUUAUCGAGGGAGCUGUGGAUCGCGCGGGUAUCUACCAAUCUGCUGAGGCGACAAUCGAUAAAUUAAUCCAGGCAUACAUUCCAGAAAUUGAAGAAGGGGUUCGCACAAUUCGCAAAAGUGACAUUGGGGAAGAGGCAGCUGAGAAGGAGUUCUUGAGAGGAGGUAAAACAGAUGAGCAGUAUGCAGAAGAAGCUGCAAAGAAGAAAGCCGCCAGGGAAAAAGUUAGGGAGGAACUGAGAGAGAAGGAAAAGGCUAUUGCGGAUGAGAAGAGAAAGCAAGAGAAGUUGAAGAGGAGAGAAGAAGAGAAGAGAAUUGAGGCCGAUCAGGAGAGAAAGAGAGAGGCUAGGAAGAAGGCUGAGUUGGAAGCGGAAGAAGAGAGGGAGAAAGAACGGGAGAAGGAAGAUAAGGAGAGGAGGGAGAGGAGGGAGAGGGAUCGCGCUAGGGAUCGAGAUCGUGAUCGAGACCGUGAUCGCGAGAGAGAACGGGACCGGGAUCGGGAUAGAGGAGAUAGGGAUAGGGGCCGGGAUAGGGAUAGGGAUAGGGACGAUCGAAGAAGAAGAUAUGACGACGAUAGACGCAGAGAUUCCCUCGGUGUUCGAACGCCUAUCUCGAAGCCAGAAUUAUCCAAGGAAGAAAUUGAACGUCUCGAACAAGAGGCUCUUAAUGAUCUUCUGAAAGAAGGCAAAAAGGUUGCUAAUCGAUCUAGACAUUUACUAGAAAUGGAGGUUGAUGAGACCUUGGCACCACCUCCUCGAAAAGCAAUGCCCGCCUCAGCCAUAAAACCAAUAUCUCGAGAUACACCUAUUAAAACGAUUGAGCAUAAGAAAACUACAGUUGCGAAGCUCAAGGAAGAAUCCGGUUCGAAAACGCCUCAACUCGCCGAUACGAAAUUGAUGGUAGACAAGGCGAAUGAGUCCAGCCAUGACAAAGAAGGUAGUCAACGAGCUAAAAGUCCUGAAUCAAGCAGGGAUACUACCAAGGUUAAGGAUGAGACAAAGACUAAUGAGGAAUCUAAAGCUACAGAAGUAAACCACGAUGGUCGCAAAGACAAGGAUGAACGCUCUCGCCGUGGAAGUCGAGAUCGGGAUGAUAGACGACGACGAGACAGCAGAGAUAGGGAUCGCGACCGAGAUAGAAGGGAUAGUAGAGAUCGGGAUCGAAGUGACUAUCGACGACGUAGGUCAAGUAGAGAUCGUGAUGAUAGGCGUGAUAGAGAUCGUAUUCGAUCAAGAUCUCGCGACCGACGAAGAAGUUACAGAUCACGAAGCCGUGAGCGUAUAGGGGACCGUGACACAAGACGUGCAGAGAGCAGUGUGACUAGGACAAGCGCCUCGAAUCUCGAUACGGAAUCAUACAAAGUUGCUGCGGCACAAGCAAGAGCCGAGGAAGCUAGAAAGUGGAACGAAGAACGAAAGAAUCAACCACAAUUACCUAGUUUAUCAACCAAAAUGGAAGAGGUCAUCGCUGCCACACCUAGAGCAAAGGAUGAUGCUAGAAUGAGCAGUCCUGUCUCGGCAAGAAAAAGAGAAAUUUCUCGCGAUAGGGAAAGUCAUAGGAGAGAAUCUCGCGCAAGAAGUAGGUCACCUACUGCGAGACGAAGUAGUCGGAUCGAGAGAAGCACUAGUCCGAUCAAUAUUGACCGAUAUGUUCCAGGUGCCACUGAACGAAGGGAAAGUAUAGUUGCGAGAAGUUCCCCAAGGAAGAGGGACAGAAGUAGGGAUAGGGACAAGGAGAGGAGAUCAAGAGAUGAUGAUAGGCCGAGGAGGAGGAGCCGAUCGCCCGAUGAUAGGAGAGAUAGAGACAGAGAUGGGCAUUCUAGGAGGUAUAGAAGUCGAAGUAGAGACAGGGAUAGGAGGAGGGAGAGGAGUAGGAGUAGAGAUAGGGAGAGAGAUAAGGAUAGGGAUAGGAGGGAUAGGGAUCGAGAUCGCGACAGAGUCAGAGACAAAGAUCGUGAUAGAAAAAGAGAUAGAAGUAGAGAGUCGAGGAGGGAAUCGAGGAGAUAA